CUCAAAUUACUCUUCACUGUCUACCGGAUACCAUUCAGAAGCUCCUUCAAGUACGCACUUCUUCCCGUCAUUUCGUUGCAAACUGAGUUUGGGAAGCCAGGAUAACCUCGAUUGUUUUCUCACUUUGCCUUUCACCACCGGUCAUCCAUUGAAAUGUACCGCGACAGUUUUCUAUCUCCAUCUACAAAACGCUUGUUGUUCCACUCGUUUAGCGCCCACACUGUAAUCGAAAGAAACGGAGAUAAUUUUCUGAUCGAUUUCAGCGAGUUGGGGGAAACAGUCAUCCAAUUUUUGGUCGAUGCUCGCUUUGCCGAAGCUCUUAUUGCUCUCACCCCACUUAUAACCUCUCACACUUCCGCCUUUCGCCGUUACUCCACCUCCGAGUUGGCAACAACGUUUGCAACUACAUUAGACUGGUUAUCAGAUCCUGCCGAAUUUAUCUAUUUGCAUAGCCGCCUGCCAUGUCACAAUGCGACAGAACGGCUUUUGUUACUCUUGCGUUUGACUAGUUUGUUUGAGUUUUCUCUUGGUAGAUUGUAUUGGACCCCCACUAGGAAAUGUGCAAACAUGAUGAAAGAAGUUUUGAACUCUCCUAUAUUGGAGGAUCUAUGUGGUCGCAAUUGCAUCCUCUUGCUCCGCCUGCUUUUUGGUCCCGUGACGUCCAUGAAUUUGCGCAAUUUGGCAUGGCAUGGCUUUGUUUCACCAUCCGAUAUGGAUCAAGUGGACGAGGCAGUCAUACUUUUCGUCUUCAUUCUCAUCAUGAGUAUCGGCCAACGCUUGACUAAGCGUGCUAUAGAAGCUGGCAGACCGUCAUGUAUUACGCUUCUGGAAUCAUGCCCAGUUAUCCCCGAUUUGGAAAUCCUUCAUGCGUCAACUGUUUUUCUUGACACUACUCAAGCCCAUCCUUUUGCCCACUGUUCUAGCUGGGCUUAUGUGCGGUACCUCGACGUCUUGCUGAAUACGCACCGAUACUUGGACACACUUUGUCUCUCACUGGUGUGUUUAUCCAUUUUAUUACGCCACGAGUAUGCAGAGGCGUUGGAAUUUACAGACAUCUGUUGCAGUACUGAAUUCCAUUUCUUCCUCACUCUUGACUGCAUUCUGCAGUUUAACACGGAGAGGGUUUUGCCCUAUCCCGUAACGAUUCGACAUUAUGAAAGAUUUCUGGAGCAGAUACGCGAUACACACGUCUUGGCCAUCCUUUGUGACCUACUUUCCGCAGAACGUGGCCCUCGACUGAAGGAUCACCUAAGCCACGGGGAAAUGUGGAUUCGCCGAGAUGUUAAAUCACUUGAAUCAACGGACGCACACUUUAAACACGCGGCUCUGUUAAUUUAUGCCUGUUUCCUUGCCUUGUUGUACGGUCGAGUAUCGCGUGCCCUUACUACUACUCCCGUCAGUGACCGACUGAGGAGUUAUACAGUGCUAUAUCAUCCCACUGCCAUAUUUAUCACUAACUGGCAUUAUUUGUGUGCAAAUCUGAAUAAACUUACCGGUCUUACUGGUAACAUUUGUGCACAGGAGGUCGAUUUCUCGAAAUAUCCUCACCUUAGUGCCAUCAUAGCUUCUUGGUUUCCCGAUCAGAGUUUCGUUCUAUCAAUUCCUUCAACAGCCCAACUCACUGAGGAGUUAUGGCUCAUUUUAUCUGUCUGGGCUCUUUUAAGCCGAAACCCUCAGGACCUUUGGUGCUGUAGACCCACCGCUGUUUUGAAUCGUUUGAACAUUCUCAUUGAUAAAUUCAACAAAUGCACUCUUCUCCUAAUAGAUAGAAUAACUUUUCAUUCGGAUACCCACUUAUUCCUAUCUUUAUCUGCCAGAAAAAAAGCUUCUCUCAAAAUGUUCUACAAUAUUUUACCAUGUUAUUUAACCCUUCUUGCUUGGUUACGCAAUUUUCUUAUUCUUUGCUGGCAUUGUUGGAUUUCCGGUUUUACUGGUAAUAUUUCCACACGGCUAUGUCUGUUGCAGCAACAUUCUCAUAACCUACCUUAUCGCGCCAAACUCAUUGACGACCUAGAUAAGGCAGCUGAUAAACUGCUUAUGUGGUGUUCGAAAUCACUUUGGGAGCCUUUGUCAACUUUUAUAGAGAACCUCAGAUUGGUUACUCCUCGGUCGCCUGUUUCCUAUCCCAUCUAAUUUUUCGUAGUACGUAUUGCCUUGCUAAUGCUAUCAAUGUAUUGCUUAAUUUUCACUCAUUUUAAUGUCCACUCGAAGCUAACCGCAUCCUUUUGUUCAUCCUUCAGACGACAUUCCUUUACUCACGUUGGCAACCUGUGUGUUUGCUUAGAUUGAGUUAAUUCUUUAGUUAAGCGUACUGUACCAGGUAACGAUCAAAACUAACCUUGCUGGAAAUUGCCGAUGCUGCAUUUAACUCUA